AUGCUGCAGCUUGAAGCAGAAUUUCUUUUCCAGGAAACCUCAGUUUUUUCUGAAUGCUUCCAAGUGAUGGAAGAGGCCCCAUCCACAUUAUCAAAGAUUAAGUUAGAGUAUGAAGGAACAUUUUUUUCUGAGUGGAGUGUGCCAGCAACUUGUUCUGUGAAAAAUAAAAGCUCACCCAAGACAGAACUGCGUUGUUCUUCUCCUGGUGUUCAGACUAUAAGACCAAUUGUCAUGGGCUCAGAUUCAGAGGAAGAACGCAAUUUGUCUGUGGACAGUUCCCAUAUUUGUUUCCUGUGGUAUUAUAAAGUCAUAAAUUUCUUUCACAAUUUAACCCAGGUUGUUGUUAUAUGGGUAUAUGAUCCAGAAAACGCAGACCCCAAUGAGUUGCUGUGGAAUGCAAAUGAACCUUCACUAAAUUCCAUAAUACUUACCAAGCAGUUGGCCACUUUGGGACAGAAGCCUGGCAUAUAUACAACUCUGAGGAGAAGAAUUUAUCUUCCAUAUGACAAAAUGAAGAAUGGGACCUGGCAUAUUUUGAUGCCAAUGACAACAGAUGAUGUACUAAAGGAGAUUAAAGGAAAUCAAGUGGCUUUUCAAGAUUGCUUCAUUGCAAAUUUUCUUUUCCUGCUGACCUUUCCUUUGUUGACAAUACCUGAGAUUCCUGGAUUUUUACCAAUCUCUUUACCACAUGGUAGUCAGUUAAUAGCAGCCUGGGAUGCUUGUGUUCCUUCAUCUGUUGUUGUGGUAGCCGAUAUGGAGACCUUUCAAACAAAUGAUUCAUUCCGUACUUGGACCAGAAUCAGAGUGCCUCCAAACAUUUUGACUGAGGAUGAAAGACACAGUGUGUCUGAUGUAAGCCUAACACAGGAUGGAAUAUUUUUUCUAAUAAAUGGUAUUCUUUACAUAAAAAGUUUUACUGGGUUCAAAAGACUGGGUAUAAAUGAAAAUCUUCCUGAUAGUGGAAUUAUUGGCAUUACAACAAGAAAAUGGUGUUGGAUCAAAUAUUUAUUAAAGGCUAAAAGAAGAAGUAGCAUGGCAAUCUGGACAGAAAAUGAAGUUUAUCUUGGAUAUACUUUUCUUAAAUUUGUCAAAAUAAUAACUACUGAAAAACUGAAAAAUCUUCUAAAUAUAUCAUCAGCUGCUACACUGACUAUACACAAUGUCGAGUAUCCAGGACACCCUUUGGAACUUGCCUUAUUAUUAAAUUACUGCACUGCGUGUAACAUCAACAAAACAAUUUACGUGGUAAUAUACAAUGAAGAUACAGAACAGUGGGUGUACCAAGACUUUGCAUUAGAUGUCUCUACUGACAGUUUUUUAACCCCACAUUUUAUAUACGCAGCACUGCCAGAUUUAAUACUGCAGGACAAACAUCAGAUCUACUAUUGUUAUCACAAUUUCACCGAGACGGGAGUUUUACAAACACCUACAGAAUUUGGAAAUCUAUCAAGAUUGUCACAUAACAGCCUUAUUCAUGAUAUUUUCAUAGAUUAUUAUGGAAAUAUUGUGGUAAAAAUGGAAAAUAACAUAAUGUUUUAUUUCAAGAUCAAUAUUAGAGCUGCAAUAAAACUACAUUUAUGGACAAAUAGUACAAUGAAGUCAUUAAUUUUAUUGAGUUCAUCUGCUCAAAUAUAUCUCAUAUACGUUUUUGAAAAUGGCACAGUACAGCCACAGGAAUAUCCUUUAAAACUGGAAUCACAAAGUGUACAUUUCACUACAAAAGAAAAAUGCCCCUACGUGGCAUUUCAUAAUAAUAUUUUAAAUGUUUUUUACUUUUUGGACAAGGGACAGAACCUGUCCAUUUGGGCUCAAAUAGUCUAUCCAGAAAAUGUUGGUCUGUACAUUGUUGUGGAAUCAUACGGCCCAAAUAUAUUACAAGAGAAAAAUCAGAUUCACUAUGAAAUCGCCCUAGGAUACUGCACUAAAACCACGACAGUAACAUUUUUUCAGAAUAUAAAUUAUGAGGCAGUAGAUGACUACUUCAAGUUGCAAGACCAGAACACCGGCCUUCGGCUUGUGCAGGUUCGGCCUAGUGAAUAUGCAAGAGCAUGUCCAAUAGCCCAAAAGGUAUUCCAAAUAGCUGUUGGCUGUGAUUCUACCAAAUACAUUGCUGUUAAAGGAUUUAAUAAAAAAGACUGUCUUCAGCAUGAUUUCUUUUACGUUAUUGAAAAGUCAUACCUGAGGAAUCAACCAUCUAAAAACUUGAGAGUAAAAUAUGAUUGGAAAAAAUAUGGCUGCCCAUUGAGACUUGAUUUCGGAGAAAAGUUUCAUCCUUUGGUUCAGUUAUACGAUGACAAUGGCUACGUGGAAGACGUGGAAGUAAAUUUCAUCGUGUGGGAAAUACACGGCAGGAAGGACUACAGCUUUAAUAAUACCAUGAAGAAGAGUGGUUGUUUAAAUGAAGCCCAGACGUGGAAGUCAAUGACUAAGCUUAACCAGCACCUCCCACUAGAAGAAGCCUGGGGACCUGAAAACUAUAAGCACUGUUUCUCUUAUGCUAUUGGAAAACCAGGAGAUUUAAAUCAACCAUAUGAGAUAAUCAACAAGUCUAACUAUAACCAUUUAAUUUGGCCUGAGGACCAUUCUGGAAUGUAUGUGUUUCGUGUGAAGAUCCUGGAUCCAAACUAUAGUUUCUGUAACCUAACAGCUAUAUUUGCAAUAGAGACCUUUGGAAUGAUUCCCAGUCCAAGUGGCUACCUGGUUGCUGCCUUCCUAUUUGUCCUGAUGCUACUGUUCUUCAGUAUUCUAGUUUUGAGCUAUUUCCAUUAUAUGAGGAUUUAUAAACAAUAUCUUUAUGAACCAAUUAACAGAUAUGAUAGAAAACAAAAGAAUAAUUAG